UCUCGUCUGCUCCCAUCUUCUGCAAAGAACGAAUCCGUUGUAAUCCGAGAAUGGCAAGGCUUUGCCGGCAAUUCCUUGCGCUUGCCGCUCUUCUUUCGACGUGUUGGGUGAUGGCCAACGGCGUCGUCAACGGAGAUCUGGUGAUUUUGAAGAGCGAGCGCACGAUCGACGCGACAAGUCAUUUAGUGAAAAUCAAGACCAUUUUCACAGUCGAGAAUACGGGGACUAAAGCCGCCGACCACGUUCACUUCGUUCUCGACUCCAAACAUGCUGAUUCUCUUGCCUACAUUGGAGCUGUGAUGGAGAGCCAGGAUGGCGAGUCUGAUGAUGACAUUGCGCUCCGUGUUGUUCCUGAGGAAGCAGGAAAGAGUUUGAAGGAUGGAUCACUGUAUAGUAUACAGUUGACAUCACCACUAGCUACGGCUGCGUCGGUGGAAUUAACAGUCGAGACCGUGUUUGCAGAUCUCUUGGAGGCACAUCCAUCGCAAAUCACUCAAUCAGAGAAACAACUCGUUCGUUAUCGUGGCAGCCACUACAUCUACUCACCAUACAAGAUAAAAUCACAGUCAACGACAGUGAAGCUCGCAUCAUCCUCGGUGAUACAAUACAGUAAGCAGCUGCAGCCGGUGAAGCAGAGCGACAGUACGAUUGAUUACGGUCCGUAUGAUGACAUUGACGCGUUUACGAAGGACGACAAGUUGGUUGUUCAUUACGAGCAUAAUGGACCGUUUUUGACUGUCAUAAGGAUGGAAAGGGUGAUCGAGGUGUCGCACUGGGGUAACAUAGCUGUUGAAGAAACAUAUCACAUGAGACAUACUGGAGCCAUUCUGAAAGGGCCAUUUUCACGGUACGACUACCAGAGGAACCCAACAGCCAGUGGCACUUCCUCCAUCCGCAACUUCAAAACCUUACUCCCAGCCUCAGCCACCGACGUCUAUUACCGAGACGAAAUCGGCAACAUCUCAACAAGCCACAUGCUACCAAAGGACGAUGCCGUCGAGCUUGAAAUCACACCACGAUUCCCGUUGUUCGGUGGCUGGCAGACCGAAUACUACAUGGGAUACAACGUUCCCAGCUAUGAGUAUCUCUACUAUUCUGGUAGUCACUAUAAACUCAAGAUGCGUGUUGUUGAUCAUAUCUACGACGAUCAGCGUGUUCAAGACUUUUUGUUGCAAAUUAUAUUGCCCGAACGAGCGUCGAAUAUCAAGUUCUCUGCGCCGUUUUCGCUCAGCGACGAACAGCACUCAUUGCAUUUUACGUACUUGGACAUCGUGGGGAGGCCGGUUGUUACUGUUAGAGGCAAGAACUUGGUUGAACAGCAUAUACAAGAGUUUGAGUUGGAUUACGACUUCCACGGGAUCUUCUUACUUCAGGAGCCGCUCUUGGUUGUGCUUGCAUUCUACCUGCUGUUUACAUUUGUCAUUGCGGUCGCUCGUAUGGAUUUCUCCAUCACAAUGAAUGCUGCCACUGAGGCUUGUCUGAAGGCUGCUAGUCGUGUGGAACAUGUGCAGUCACUUGUUGAUCAAGUGUUGGCGACUUAUGGGGAUUAUAGUGAAGCACUUGAUAAUUUGAAGACGAGUAGGGACACCAAGAAGUUUCAGAACACGAAGAAGCAGUUGGAUAGUCGAUUGAAGACGGUUGCUGGUGAGCUGCCCGAUGUAGAGAAAGAGCUACGACUGCUAGAUGCGGAUGCUGCUGAUAAGGUCCACAAGCUAGGAGACAAGUUCAGGGAUUACGUAGGUACUUUGAAGGAUGUCACUCAGUUAACUGAACAGUUGGUGAACGACAAGAUAAAGAAAGAAGUUUUCUUCGAGCGUGAAAAAUCUGUGAAACAGAAGCAAGAAUCGAUUGUCAAUGAAAUCCAAGCUCUUCAGAGGGGACUAUGAGUAAAUGGUACUAGGUGCCAUGUAGCUGUUUGGCUUGAUUGGAUUUGGAUAGUGAAAUUCAGUCAGAAUUUGAUGCUGAUUGACUGAAUGUCACGACUGUCUCACAGAUAAGAAAGUAGUGUUUUAGCUGUGUUGUAAGCG